UUUUUACCUAUUCCACAAAAUAAUCCGAGAAAAUUACGUUAAACCAAACAUUCAAAGCUCGCGCUCAUAUAAAAACCAUUGUAUUGCUAGGCGCGAAUGGGACCGACGGUUUCCGUUCGUGCGACGUUGCCAUUAUCUCAGCACGGCUUGAUAGUUGAAGACGGCUGUGCUGUGGCCAGACACGACACACGACACGACCUGAAAUAGGCAACCCACGCAGCCUCGGUGCGGCGAUGGCCCGAUUUAUAAAUAAAGGAGUGUGAAAGUGUGAAAAAAAUAAACAUGUCGGUAGCGUAGUAUGGCGUCGGACGGCGGCAGUGGUAAGAACCCCUCGGCAGAGGAUUCUUCGGAUAGUGAUGGAGAAACAGAGCCAGCCAAAUCCUUUCAUAGGAGGCUGUCGACGAGUCGCGAAAUAAACAGUUCGUGCUUGCUGGACUGGGAUCGCUAUUCUGCUGAAAACGGGUUAUUGUUCUCGCUCGAAGUGCGCGUAAGUGAAAUGAAAAACGAGAGCGAGAGCAAAACCCAGAUUACACGUAUGGUUGGUUGUAUGGGCGAAUUGGUUAAGAAAGAGCAAAAAUUUAUUCAAGACGAAUUUCCCAAUUCAUAG